AUGUUCGCCACCGCCGCGCCCGCGCCGCGCGCCGCGCCCGCGCCGCGCGCCGCGCGAUCGACGACACCGCCGUCGUCCGCGCGCGCGUCCGCGCGCGCGUCGUCGAGCGGCGCGGACGUUCUUUACUUCUGCUACGGCAGCAAUCUCAAUCCCAGCACGUUCGACGGCGUUCGCGGCAUGCGCCCGACGUCGUCCACGCCGUGCGUCCUGCGCGGCUUCGAGCUCGCGUUCAACGUGCCCGGCGUGCCGUACGUCGAACCGGCGUUCGCGAGCGCGGUCGCGCGCGAGGGGGCCGAGUGCCACGGCGUCGCGCACGGCAUCACGCGCGACGAGUGGGAGUACUUAGUCACCACGGAAGGGUCGUACGACGUCGUGGACGUCGAUUGCGACGCGUACGAUGGGCGAAAGCUGCGAUGCAAGACGCUGACGCAUCGUACGCUGAAGAAUUUUGGCGAACGAGCGCCGUCGCUGCGAUACGCGACGCUCCUGCGGGAAGGCGCGCGGUUUCACGGUCUGGACGAGGCGUGGAUCGCGCGUUUGGACGCGUUGGAGACGUACGAGCCGGUUGAGCUGGAUUUAGGACAACGCGCAGCGUUGGCGCUGUCGGUGGGACCGACUUUGCUGGCGGCGGUGCCCGCGGCGGGGGCGGCGGCGGCGAAACGGCUGUCGACGGGCGACGGACGGGGCGCCGUGAUAGACGCGUUCGUGGAGACGCAAGACGUCGUGUGGGGGGUGCAAAACGCGUUUUUCGCGCCGUGGAUGGGGUCGAGCGGUAGGAACGCGAAGAAAUAG